CUUCUGUUGCCUUGCGCCAUUGCCCCUGUGGUGGAUUUGCCCUUUCUCCGUUGUGUGGAUAGAUUGUCUAUGCACAGAAUAUGUCAAAGGAGAGCCAGCCACGUGAGCCGGAGCAGCUCCGAAAGCUCUUCAUCGGAGGACUGAGUUUCGAGACGACGGAUGACAGUCUGCGGGCGCAUUUUGAACAAUGGGGAACCUUAACAGAUUGCGUGGUCAUGAAGGAUCCGAACUCAAAACGGUCCCGAGGAUUUGGCUUUGUCACUUACUCGUGUAUGAGUGAAGUGGAUGCAGCUAUGUCUGCACGUCCACAUAAAGUGGAUGGAAGGCUUGUGGAGCCCAAGCGGGCAGUGUCCAGAGAGGAUUCCAACAGACCUGGUGCUCACUUGACAGUGAAAAAGAUCUUUGUCGGAGGCAUCAAGGAGGACACAGAUGAAUCUCAUCUUCGUGACUAUUUUGAACCGUUUGGAAAGAUUGAAGCAAUUGAUAUCAUGGUUGAUCACAAGACUGGCAACAAAAGAGGUUUCGCUUUCAUCACAUUUGAUGAUCACGACGCAGUCGACAGGAUUGUUAUUCAGAAGUACCACACAGUAAAUGGCCACAACUGUGAAGUCAGGAAGGCCCUGUCCAGGCAGGAGAUGCAGAGUGCUGGGAUGAGCAUGAGGGGACGGGGAGGUGGCAGCUUUGGCAGGGGUGGGGGGUAUGUAAAUGACUUCGGUGGACGAGAUGGAUACUUCGGCGGCCGCGGUGGAAGAGGAGGCGGUGGAUAUGGCGGCGGCGGUGGGGGUGGUGGUGGUGGUGACGGCUAUGGCAACGGUUAUGGAGAUGGUGGAUAUGGCGGUGGAGGCCCUGGUUACGGAGGUAACCGUGGAUACGGAGGAGGCCAAGGUUAUGGCAACCAGGGUGGCGGAUAUGGAGGCAACGGCUACGACAACUACAACCAUGGCAAUGGAAACUAUGGCGGUGGCAACUUUGGAGGUGGUGGCGGCGGCGGCGGCGGCGGUGGCGGCAGCAACAACUACAAUGACUUUGGAAACUACAACAGCCAGCCUUCCAACUACGGCCCUAUGAAGGGAAACAACUUUGGUGGUAGUGGAGGCAGGAACAGUGGCCCAUAUGGUGGUGGCUACGGAGGUGGCUCAGGUGGUGGCUAUGGCAGUGGAGGCAGGCGGUUCUAAACGUCCAAAGGACUCAGUUCUUAAAGAGAGGAGACAGGAGAGCGAGAGAGAGGACAGGAGAGCGAGAGAGAGAGGACAGGGCAGCUGCAGGUUUACUCCCUAGAUCUGCUCACCCAAACAGUUGUGGCAGGUUACAGCUGCCACCAGAAGAGAUGUACAUUAGGAAAAAGAAAAAAAAGAAUCAUGUUUGGGACUUCAUACGUUUUGUCUCAUCAUACUGGCUUAUUUUAUAUUUCUGUGUUAUGGGAAAAGCAUUCCAAUUAGGUUUUAUGUCACGUCAGUAUGGUUUUUAUUUUUGUGUAACUGCAACCAAUCAAGUUGAAAUAAAACACCUUUCAGUUUUUUAA